AUGGCCGACGCCGUAUACACGCUCGCAGAGGUAGCCAAGCACAACACCAAGAAUGACCUCUGGCUCACUCUCUGGAACUACGUCUACGAUGUGACCGACUACCAAGAAGAACACCCCGGCGGCAAAGAGUUUCUUCUCGAGAACGCCGGAGGGGAUGCGACGACCGCAUACGAAGACAUUGGCCAUUCUACCGACGCAAGAGAAAUCCUCGAGAACUAUCGAAUCGGUCGCCUUGCCGAUGAUGACUGGACCGACCACGAAGCAAACAGAAUGCCAGUCAUCAAGCCAAACAAAGUCUUUGUCGUCAACAAACUCCCUGCACCCAAGUCGAGUCUCGCUCAAUUACCGACCAUGGGGCUCGGACUGGCCUCGAUCAUUCUGUCCUACGCUUACGGCCACAAGGUCACUCCGUACUUGCGCCAUCUCCAAAGUAGCGGCUUCUGGAAAGGGUUUGCAGUCUCUUCCAUUGCCAGCAUGGCUCUCGUGGGCUAUGCCGGCGUUUGGGCCACCAAAAGCUUCGAUGUUGCACAUAUGGAUUUCAGGGCGUAUCCCGCGCAUUACAGGGCAAAGUCUACGGCGUCAAAACCGACCAAGAAGAAGGACAUCAAUCUUGGUGUCCUCAACGCCCGCGUCUACCAGCCGUUUCCGCUGAUCGAGAAGACGAAUGUUUCCCAUGACACCGUUCGCUUCGUUUUUGGUCUUCCUAGCGAAAACUCUAUCCUUGGCCUACCCACUGGCCAGCACGUCGCCAUCAGGCAUGAGGUUGAUGGCAAACAGAUUACCCGAUCAUAUACGCCAACUUCCAGCAAUCAAGACCUAGGCCGACUGGAAUUGACAAUCAAGAUAUACGAAGAUGGAAAGUUAACACCAUGGCUUAACAAGCUGAAGACUGGAGACAUGGUUGAGAUUCGAGGCCCCAAGGGCGAGAUGAAAUAUCACAAGAACCUCGUCAAGGAACUUGGAAUGAUCGCCGGCGGUACUGGCAUCACGCCCAUGCUCCAAAUCAUUAGACGCAUCUGCGAAGACCCGCGCGAUCACACCAAGGUCACGCUGUUGUUCGCCAACAAAACUGAAGCCGACAUCUUGCUCAAGGAUCAGCUGGACCGAUUCGCCAAGGAGAACAACCAAUUCAGUGUGCACUAUAUUCUCAGCAACCCUUCGGGUACUUGGCAAGGCGCAAGAGGCCGUAUCAGUAAGGAGCUGAUUGAGCAGCAUAUGCCUGCACCAGCCGGUGGGGAUAGCAAGGUCCUUUUAUGUGGUCCCGACCCGAUGGUAGACUCCAUGUCCAAGCACCUGCAAGAACGUGGCUUCAAAGCACCAGGCUCCAUCUCGAAACCUCAAGACGAGAUUUUCAUCUUCUAA